GACGUUAGACGCGGAGCCCCGGCCCCGCCGCCGCCCGGUGGCGGCAGGAGCGCCUCGUUUGGAGCCGGGGGAGGCUGUCCGCCUGGCUGCUGGCUGCCGCGGGCGUAGGGAAGGGCGGCAGCCGGGGCAGAGCGGAGCGGUGGAAGUUUCCGAGUACGUCUUUUGCUAAAAAUGAGUGGUGGGUUGGCACCAAGCAAAAGCACAGUGUAUGUGUCCAAUUUACCCUUUGCUUUGACAAACAACGACCUGUACAGGAUAUUUUCAAAGUAUGGGAAAGUUGUCAAAGUUACUAUUAUGAAAGACAAAGACACCAGGAAGAGCAAAGGAGUUGCCUUUAUUUUGUUUUUGGAUAAAGAAUCUGCACAAAACUGUUCUCGGGCACUUAAUAACAAACAGUUGUUUGGAAGAGUAAUAAAAGCAAGUAUUGCCAUUGAUAAUGGAAGAGCAGCAGAAUUCAUUCGCAGGCGUAACUACUUUGAUAAGUCUAAGUGUUACGAAUGUGGGGAAGCAGGACACUUAAGUUAUGCUUGUCCUAAAAAUAUGCUAGGGGAGCGGGAGCCACCAAAAAAAAAAGAAAAGAAGAAGAGAAAGAAAAUAGUCGAGCCAGAAGAAAUCGAGGAGGAAGAAGAAAGUGAGGAGGAAGGAGAAGAUCCUGCUCUAGAUAGCCUCAGCCAAGCCAUAGCUUUUCAGCAAGCCAAAAUUGAGGAAGAACAACAAAGAUGGACGCAGACUGCAGGGGAAUCUUCAAUUUCAGAUGAUUCAAAACGUCCACGGAUUAAGAAAAGUGCUUAUUUCAGUGAUGAGGAAGAACUUAGCGAUUGAAAUAAUACUGUUUUAUAUGCAUAUAUAAUAUAUAUAGUGUACAUUUUGUAAAAUCCUACAAAAUUAUCUGUAAUACAGGUUUGUCUUGGUUUGAAGACACUUACUGAAGAUGAUGUUCCCCCGAACCUCCUAUCUUUUGAUAUCUCCCUCUCAAAACUUCACUUUUCAAGGCAGCUUCUUGAGAAAAUGAUGUGUUUCUAUGCUUAAAUCCAGAAAAAUAUCUGGGAGAGUGCUUCUUGUAGUUAGUAUCUAGACCCAAACCCUGGGAGUGAAAUCUUUCAUAAGAGAAUUUCCCAAGAUUUUUUUUCCUAAGAUGAGUUCCUCUUAGGAUCACUGUUAGCACCACUGAUGCUUUAUGUAUUGGUCUGGUUCUCGCCUGUUUGGAAGCAGUGCUUUAGUGGUACUUUACUAGUAUAUGAAUCUUGCACUAGUUCCUCUGCAUAAGGUUGAAUUUCAGCCUUAAGCAUUGUACUGGUCUUUUAACUCUUCAUGCAGUAAUAAAAUAAAUUACCGUCA